CGGCCGGCGGGCUUUAGGACCCAGCGGUGCAGCUCCCAUGAAGGCGGCAGUAGCAACAUCAUGGCAGGUUUACCUGCGCGCUACGGACGAAUUAACAAUUUAAGCUAAGCUACAGCAUAUUAUAACACUAUUGUACACGUGUUGUACUGUUGGUAGGUGUAUUGUGACAGGUUCAGUAAUCGCAGGAAGCUGCGGCUCGUCUCUCAGCUGCCGAUGGAGCACAUCCGACUACCAAAGGUGGAGAAUGUCAGGCUGCUUGACAGAGUCUCCCCCAGAAGAAGUAGGCUGGGCACCGUCUACUUGACAGCCACUCACACCAUCUUCGUGGAGAACGAGGCUGGUGUGCGCAAUGAAACAUGGGUGCUUCACAGUUUGGUGUGCAGUGUGGAGAAACAAGCCGCCACAGCGUCAGGAUGUCCUCUGCUCAUUCACUGCAAGAACUUCCAGGUUCUUCAUUUUGUCAUACCUCGAGAGCGGGAGUGCCACGAUGUUCACCUGUCCCUACAGCGUCUCUCCCAGCCAGAGAGUUACGAGGAGCUGUAUUGCUUCUCCUACAAGCCUAACGUGGCUGAGGAGGAGAGACGGCAGGAAUGGGACUUCAUGGACCUCAAGGCUGAUUACAUCAGAAUGGGACUCCCAAACUCCCUGUGGAAACUCUCCCCUGUCAACCAACACUACAAGGUGAGUGACACUUACCCCGCUGACCUGUUUGUACCCGAGUCCGCCACACCUCCGGUCAUAGUGGGGAGCUCCAAGUUCAGAAGCAGAGGAAGAUUUCCAACUCUGUCGUACUACUCAAAAGAAAAUCAUGCUGCCAUCUGCCGUAGCAGCCAGCCCCUGUCAGGUUUCAGCGCUCGCUGCCUGGAGGAUGAACAGAUGCUGGAGGCCAUCUUGAGGUCUAACCCCCGCAGCGACUUCAUGUAUGUGGUGGACACCAGGCCUAAGCUGAAUGCAAUCGCAAACCGAGCUGCAGGAAAAGGCUACGAAAAUGAAGACAACUACUCCAACAUUAAAUUCCAGUUCAUCGGCAUCGAGAACAUCCACGUUAUGAGAAACAGCCAACAGAAAAUGCUAGAAGUGUGUGAGCUGCGUUCCCCCUCCAUGUCCGACUUCCUGGAAGGUCUGGAGAGCUCAGGCUGGCUGAAGCACAUCAAAGCUGUUUUGGAUGCAGGCAUCUUCAUCGCCAAGGCUGUUGCAGAGGAGGGUGUCAGUGUCCUGGUUCACUGUUCAGACGGUUGGGACCGCACUGCCCAGGUGUGUUCAGUGGCCUGUGUGCUGCUGGAUCCUUACUACAGGACCCUCAGAGGACUCAUGGUUCUCAUCGAGAAAGACUGGGUCUCAUUUGGACACAAGUUCUCUCACAGAUGCAACCACCUGGUCGGAGACCCUAAAGAGGUAUCGCCCAUCAUCGAUCAGUUCCUGGAGUGUGUGUGGCAGCUCAUGGAGCAGUUCCCCUGCGCCUUUGAGUUCAACGAGAGGUUCCUCAUCACCAUUCACAGCCACAUCUACUCCUGCCAGUAUGGCAACUUCAUUGGCAACAACCAGCGGGAGAAGAUAGAGCUGGGAUUGCGUGAGAAGACUCACAAUUUGUGGAGUUAUCUAAUGACGAACCAGGCAGACUACAUCAACCCUUUGUACCGACCAGACCACAGCCAGACACAGGGGCUCCUCCGGCCAUCUACUGCCCCCUACUGCUUUAAGUUUUGGAGAGGGCUGUACAACCGUUUUGACCGAGGGAUGCAUCCUCGACAGUCUGUGGAGGAUUAUCUGAGUGCCAUCCAAGAGGAGACACAGCAGCUGGAGGAGCAGCUGGCUUCCCACAAACAGAAAAUUGCUCAGCUGGAGCAGGAGCAGGGGUGGAGUGUAACCCAGAAAGCAGCCACCUUUGAUAAGAGCCCCACAGCGUGGGCUCGUAGUAAUGACCUCGGUCUGGCCAACACCCCUCAGGACUACACUGGGGGCUUCAUCACCAGCAGCCCCCUUCAGCCUAAAGCGCCCGACAGCAGCCUGAUCCUCCUGCCCCAGGACUUGAAGCAAACAUCGGAAUCCAACCUCUCCAACGGCAGCGACCAGGAGUCUGGGAUUGCAGACCUGAGCUGUCGUUCACCUCUCAGCGAGGACAGCACCAGGGAUCCAGACUCUGAUGAGGCUGCCUACUCAGCUGCCUGAGCAAAUGUAGCAUUUGGCGGAAGGUGCAGCACCGACCAGCCGUCCACAGGGCCACUGAACAAACACUACCUUUACAUUCCCCAAGUAACCCGGCCAUUGGCUCACUCCCGUGAAAAGUCUUUUUCGGGUUACACAAUUGACUUGCACUUUUGUUUGCAUGUGGUGUGGCAGAUUCUCCUUGUUGCCACAUACAUACUAGUUAAUAGCUGUUUGCUGUAGCUGAGCACAUUUUAAUUUAAAUUAAGAUUCUAAAAGUAAUAGCAAAGGUGAACAUAAACUAGUUUACCAGAGUUAAGAACAAGUUAAGAAUAAUUGUGAACAAUUCAAUGCAGAGCGUCAACUCAUCAAAUUCACGAUAAGCCAUUUAGCUGUGUGCUUACUUUUUACUAUGGUCUUCCAUAUACUUUGUUUAUUCAUUUGGCUUUAUAAUGUAAACACCUUAUGAAAAAAGACAUCAAGAAUUCAGCAGCACUUUGAUAUUGCGUUUUCACAGCAACAUGAAAUAAUUAACAGAGGUCCAAAGAGACCAAAUCAUCAUUUUAGGUGCAUUGAUCUUAAAGACAGUAAAAUUAUGUAAUAAAGGGGGAAAUUAGAACAGAAUUAAACAGAUCAAACGAUCACACAUGAUAAAACAACAAAUAGACAAACUGCAGAGAUUAAAAAAAAAAGCCCCAGCAGACUCAAGUUGAAGCUCAUCAACAAGGAUAUGACAAAUGUGGACAGAUGGUCACAUGGUGCUAAUUGGCAUUCAGAAUGACUCGUCUUUGUCCCAGUGUUUGCAAAGAUUUGUCUCCUUAAGUCCUUUUCCAUAAAGUGUUUUGACAAUUUUGUCCUAACACCUGAUUUUAAAUGCUGUCGCACCUUAUGGUCACUGCUGCUCCCAGGCAGUCUGGAUUCAAGAUUUCAGUCUGGCCUGAAAGAGCAGCAGUAAUCCCAUUCUACCCAAAAUUUUGUUCAAAUGGCAACGUAGCUGUGUUUCAACCCCACAGGACACACGCCUGAGCUAAACUCACUCAGCACACCACAGUGACCUCAGCUGGGUUUUGGAGUCAUUACACUACAAUAACCAGUGGUUAGUUGUGGUUGAUUGGCACCUUGUGGUCCACACCUGGGUGUUUCAACUAGAUACACAAUAUUGUGAUAUUUACACUACAAGAUGUGAAAAAUAAGUGUUGAAGAUUUUAUUGAAGACAAGGCAACUUUAUACACUUCUGUCCACAAUAUUUCAACGCCAGAUUUGAUGUGAUCAAACCACAAUUCUUACCAAAGAGUAAAUGAUGGGACUACUGAAUACUGACUAGAGCAUGUGAACACAAAUGUACUGCUGCUUUGGGCAGCAGAUUACUGACUGACUUUUUGAAUAUUUGUGCCAUCUCAACUGUAAAAUUAGCAUUAAAACUGCUGAGUUUAGUAUAGUGUAGUACACAUUAGGUGCACUCCAAUAUGACAAAUGAACAAGGCAGAGAUUAUCAAGCUAAGCAUGUUAAGAUAUUUUUGUACUAUGACCAAUUUUUUUUUUGACUACUGUAAUCUCGCUUUAAUGCAUGUUGUUUUUAUUUGUAUCAGAGGGUCUAAAAUGUCCAGUCUUAAGGAAUUCUAACCUUGUAUGAAAGAAAGAGCUUUAUAUUGCUGCGUUUAAUUGUUCCAGUGGAAUAGGAGCCAAAUCAAACUGAUCUAAAUGCAAAGUUGUGUAAUUUGUGUCAACUUUCUUUUGAAAUAAAUAAAUACGUUAUUGUCAUCAUAA